UGUCGAAACCGCGGCAAGCAGCACGAGUCGACCCGACCACUCCCACCGAAUUGCGUUGUGUCAACAACUCGUCUGUCUUCGAUUAUUGAAAGAUAGGCCCGAGUCGCAAUUAUGGCUGUUGGAAAGAACAAGCGCUUGUCGAAGGGCAAGAAGGGUAUCAAGAAGAGGACUGUUGAUCCCUUCACCAGGAAGGAUGAAUACUCUGUGAAGGCUCCCUCUACCUUCGCGAACCGAGACGUCGGGAAAACCCUGGUUAACCGCACCAGUGGUUUGAAGAACGCCAAUGAUUCAUUGAAGGGUCGUAUCUUUGAAGUCUCUCUCGCAGAUCUACAGGGCGAUGAGGACCAUGCCUUCCGCAAGGUCAAGCUCCGCGUCGACGAGAUCCAAGGAAAGAACUGUCUCACCAACUUCCACGGUCUGGACUUCACCACCGACAAGCUGCGUUCUCUUGUACGCAAGUGGCAGUCGCUGAUCGAGGCCAACGUGACCGUGAAGACUACCGAUGAUUAUCUCCUACGCCUUUUUGCCAUCGCUUUCACGAAGAGACGCCCCAACCAGAUCAAGAAGACUACAUACGCUCGUUCUUCCCAGAUUCGUGCCAUCAGGAAGAAGAUGACCGAGAUCAUGCAGCGGGAGGCCUCUAGCUGCUCUCUUGCCCAGCUGACGUCAAAGCUGAUCCCGGAGGUUAUCGGCCGUGAGAUUGAAAAGGCCACGCAGGGGAUCUACCCCCUCCAGCAUGUCCACAUCCGCAAGGUCAAGCUCCUUAAAUCUCCGAAGUUUGAUCUCGGUGCCCUGCUCAACCUGCACGGCGAGUCAACGACCGACGACAAGGGCCAGAAGGUGGAGAGGGAGUUCAAAGAGCAGGUUUUGGAGAGUGUUUAGAGUCCAAUUGUCGCCUAGCCCUAUAAUUGUGGCUGACUUCAAAAUCCGACUCUAAUGAGUUGUCUAUACUGUUGCGGUGUGAGAUAAGCAAAAAAACGGGAUAGUGCUGUAACCGCCAAUGAUACUUUCUCCAAGUCCUUGACUCGCUGUCGUAUGACUUUCCUACCUGGAAUGCCCUUGAGGAAGUGCUCAAUUUAAGUGUCAGUAAAGCUCUUCAAAGGUGUAGCUAGUCUCUAGCCAUGAGAACCCUCUGAACAAUCUUUAAUUAAAAA